AUGUCGAUAAGAAGGGCAAGAGGGCACUCGUUAUCAGUUUACGAAUUUAAUGGCUCCCAUAGAAAAGAUCACCCAGAGGAUAUUUACCUGAAAACCUUCCGAGCGCUGCCCAAAGUGAAAUUUGUCUGGCAAUACGAUGGACGACCAAUUGAUGGUGUGCCGAAGAACGUGUUCAUGCAAGCUUGGUUACCACAGCAGGAUCUUCUUGGCCAUCCAAAGUGUCGAGUGCAUGUGUCACAUGGCGGGAUGAACAGCGUCAUCGAAUCGGUAUGGCACGGUGUUCCUACUGUUGGUGUUCCACUUACCGUAGCAGGUGUGUCGUUUUUUUCUCUGAGCGAGUUCUAG